AUGUCUUCACCAACCAAACGGAGGGGUCGCUCCUCAAAACUAGCGACUUCAUCACCAGCCCCUUCCCGUGAGCCUCCCAGCAGUCCAACUCAACAAGCCACCCCACGCGCCGCCGGACGCUUGGCAGCUGAGCGAAAUGUCCCAUCAUCUUCUCCUAUGCAUUAUCAAUCUUCCCCGACCAGAAGCAACUAUGGCGCAGAGACACCGGAUGUUCGUAUGGCGGAAGCAAGCUCGACUGUGGACGAUGGCGAGCGCACCCCUCGUGCGGGUGCAGGAAUUAGAGACUCAUCUCCAAUCAAUUACGUUGCCAGCUCUAGUCCCACUCGCGGCUUCACUCGAUCAGAUAUUCGCUCCGACAUUCGGUCGGAUGCUCACAGCAUAAGCAGCGCGUUAUUCGUCUCCCCAGGUGGCCCGAGCCGUCGUCGGACUGCCCCUCGCCGCAGUGACCUCCACUUCAGUGGCUUUGAAGCGUCUCCUUUCCGCAGAAACCGAAUUCUCGUGGAUGCCCAGGGUAUGCCCUCGGGCUCCGAUGCUCUUCGCUCCGAUGCCACAUUUUCGAACAUCAACCCCGGUACAUCCGAGGCGGAGGCCAUGGCUGGAAACUCCUCGCGUGUGAUUUGGGGUACCAACGUUUCGAUUCAAGAUUCCAUGUCCGCUUUCAAGAACUUCCUGUAUAACUUUGCCACAAAAUACCGUCUGUGGGCCGAUGGUGCUUCAGAGGACGAGACUCGGAUCCUGGGAAGUGUCGCUGAGAAGCGUGAGUACAUCACCACGCUGAAUGAUAUGCGGCGACUCGGUGUGGCCACUCUCAAUCUUGAUGCCAGGAAUCUCAAGGCCUAUCCCCUGACACAAAAGCUGUGGCAUCAGCUUCUUGCAUACCCGCAAGAAAUUAUUCCCUUGAUGGAUCAGACUGUGAAAGAUGUGAUGGUUGACUUGGCCUUGAAAGAGAUGGAUGUUCUGCGUUCUGAAAGCCAGCGCGCAGGCCAGAACCGCCGUGGCCAGUCCGUUCUUACCUCCGAUGCAGUGGCUCCCCAAGACGAUGUGCCUGACCUUGUGGGCGAAGUCGAAGGAAUGUCUUACAAAGUGCUUCCAUUUGGCCUGGAUGAGACCGUGAACAUGAGAGAUCUUGACCCAGCUGAUAUGGACAAGCUGGUCAGCAUCAAGGGAUUGGUUAUUCGAGCAACCCCAAUCAUCCCAGACAUGAAAGAGGCUUUCUUCCGCUGCAAUGUCUGCAACUAUGGUCUCCAGGUUGACAUUGACCGAGGCCGGAUUCAUGAACCUGCCGAAUGCCCCCGAUUGGAAUGCAAGUCGAAAAACUCAAUGCAGCUCCUCCACAACCGCUGUUCUUUCGCGGAUAAGCAGGUCAUCAAGCUUCAGGAAACUCCCGACAGUAUUCCGGAUGGCCAGACUCCUCAUUCCGUUUCUCUCUGUGUGUACGAUGAGCUCGUCGAUGUUUGCAAGGCUGGUGACCGUGUUGAGGUGACUGGUAUCUUCCGUUGCAACCCCAUGCGUGUCAAUCCACGCCAGCGCUCUCAGAAGGCCCUCUUCAAGACCUAUAUCGACGUUCUUCACGUCCAAAAAGUCGACCGCAAGAAGUUGGGUAUUGACAUGUCAACUGUCGAGCAAGAGAUGUCCGAGCAGGCGGCCGAGGCGGAUCAAGCCCGCAAGAUCUCUGCCGAGGAGGAGGAGAAAAUCAAGUUGACUGCCUCUCGCCCGGAUGUCUACGAGCUCCUCGCUCGAUCGGUCGCCCCUAGUCUCUACGAGAUGGACGAUAUCAAGAAGGGUAUCUUGCUGCAAAUGUUUGGCGGCACAAACAAGACCUUCCAGAAGGGUGGUAACCCGCGGUACCGUGGAGAUAUCAACAUUCUUCUCUGUGGUGACCCUUCGACUGCCAAGUCCCAACUCCUGCGUUACGUACACAAGAUUGCCCCCCGUGGUGUCUACACCAGCGGUAAGGGUUCCUCGGCUGUCGGUCUUACAGCCUAUGUGACUCGUGACCCCGAGACUCGUCAAAUGGUGCUCGAAUCUGGUGCUCUGGUUCUUUCCGAUGGCGGUACUUGCUGCAUUGACGAGUUCGACAAGAUGAAUGAAGCCACCCGAUCCGUCCUCCACGAAGUGAUGGAACAGCAGACUGUCUCCAUUGCCAAGGCCGGUAUCAUCACCACCUUAAAUGCACGUACAUCCAUUCUGGCAUCCGCCAACCCUAUUGGCAGUCGAUACAACCCCAAGCUGCCUGUGCCUCAGAACAUCGACCUACCUCCCACCCUGCUCUCUCGUUUCGAUCUUGUCUACCUCGUCUUGGAUCAUGUGGAUGAGACCGAGGAUCGCCGGUUGGCGAAGCACUUGGUGAACAUGUACCUGGAAGACAGCCCGGAGAAUGCAAACUCUGAGGAGGUGCUGCCCAUUGAAUUCCUCACAGCUUACAUCACCUAUGCUAAAACCCAAAUUCAACCCGCUCUGACCCCCGCCGCUGGUACCGCACUGGCUGACGCGUAUGUCGCCAUGCGCCAGUUAGGUGAUGAUAUCCGGUCCUCUGAACGCCGUAUCACCGCGACCACCCGUCAACUGGAGUCUAUGAUUCGUCUGUCAGAGGCGCAUGCUCGCAUGCGCUUGUCGCCUGAGGUGACUGUGGCCGAUGUCGAAGAAGCCGUGCGCCUAAUCCGUUCGGCCAUCAAGCAGGCCGCUACUGAUGCUCGGACUGGUCUGAUUGAUAUGGGUCUGCUCACGGAAGGCACCAGCGCUAGCGAGCGUCGCCUGCGGGACGAUCUGAAGAAGGCUGUACUGGCCCGUCUGGAGGACCGUGGAGGUGUUAAUCACGCCCCCGUGCGUUGGACCGAUCUGUAUCGUGACAUGACUGAAAACAGCGUGCAGCUUGAGCACCAGCAAUUUUCUGAUGCAGUGCGAUCGCUCGAGGCUGAGGGCGCUGUGAACGUGUUAGGUGAGGGACCCCGGCGCAGUAUUCGUCGGGCGGCCCUGGGGAUGUAG